AUGCGCGCCGCCACCACCCUCGCCGCCGCUUCCAUCGGCCUCUUGGCCGUAGCCACCACCCACGCAGCCGCCUGGGGAUGCAUCGGAAACGACUGCGAUACCGCAAACCAGCUCGGACAGCAGAUCGCCUUUUCGGCACCCGCACCCGACAAUGCACCCGCCAAACUUGUCCCCCCUCCGCCCGGUGGCGCCUGGACCUGGCAGAGCUGCGGCGCGGGAGGCGAAAUCGUCGACGUACAGAGCAUCGAGGUCUCCCCCGACCCGCCCAAGCCUGGCCAGAACCUCACCGUCCGCGCAAAGGGCACCAUCUCCGAGGAGGUCAGCGACGGCACCUUUGCCGACGUCGUCGUCAAGCUCGGCCUCAUCAAGCUCCUCACGCGCCGCUUUGACGUCUGCCAAGAGGCCCGCGCCAACAAGGCCGAACUCCAGUGCCCCCUCGCACCGGGAGAGUACGAGCUGACCCACACCGUAGCCCUCCCCCGCGAAAUCCCUCCCGCCAAGUUCAACGUGCACAUCACCGGCGCUAAUCAGGACGAAUCCGACCUCCUCUGCCUCGACCUCAGCAUCAACUUCAUGCACCGCUAG